ACUGCGCGAAAGCUGCACUCCGAGUCUCUGGAGCCGCAUGGCAAGAAGAAGAGCGGUUGGCAAAAGCUGUUUCGGCGGCUCGCAAGCCGGCUUAACCUCUUUUUCGCUGUUUCACUGUAUUUCAUUGCGGGGCGUAUAAAAUAAUCGCUGCUCUUACUUAGGCCUACGAGGGGCGAUGCAGAUGUUCUGGAAACACUCAUCACAUGUUUCGGGCAGCUUUAUCCAAUGGAAGCUAUCGUCAAUGCUCAGAGCAAGACGCUCGCCAAGUUGGUCAGGCAGAUGAGGGAAGGCUGCAAAAAGGACGAGGAGCCCAAGGAAUGCACCCUCUGCGGUCUGAAUCCUUGCCUGAAGUGCCUGCAGCCCGACAUACUUUAUCACCUGGGACUUGACACAGAGACCACCGACUUCCCCAAGGUUUUCGGGGAUGUGCGGUUUGUUUGCAUGGGAGGAACCCCGGGACGAAUGGAGAACUUUGCCUACUACGUGAUGCAGGAGAUCGGGCUGAAGAUUAAUGCGGCCACCAAACUAAGGGACAUGGCGGAGGCGGGCAAGCGAUUCUCCCUGUUCAAGGUGGGUCCCGUGCUCUGCGCCAGCCACGGAAUGGGCUGUCCCUCGAUCUCCAUCCUGCUGCACGAGCUCAUCAAGAUGAUGUACCACGCAAAGUGCAAGGACCCCGUCUUCAUCAGGAUUGGCACCUGUGGGGGUAUAGGCGUCGAUCCCGGAACUGUUGUCAUCUCCUCCGAAGCGGUCGAUGGUCGACUGAAUCCCGCCCACGAGAUUCUGGUGCACGGCAUCAGUGUCCAGCAUGCUAGCCAGCUGGACGAGGGUCUGGCCGAUGAAAUCAAGAUGUGUCACGAUCCCGAUAAGGAUAAUUUUGAGACCGUGAUAGGGAGGACACUGUGUGCCCACGAUUUCUACGAGGGCCAAUCCCGAUUGGACGGCGCCUUUUGCGAAUACACGCUCGAAAAUAAGCAGACCUACUUGGAGCAGCUGCAGAGCCAGCAGGUGAAGAACAUCGAGAUGGAGAGUCUGGCCUUUGCCGCCCUCACCAGUCGGGCCAACAUCAGGGGAGCAGUCGUCUGCGUGGCCAUUCUAAAUCGCCUCAAUGGAGAUCAGAUCAAAACUCCUCAUGAGAUUUUGGCCAAAUGGGAGAAACGACCUCAGGAGCUGGUGGCUCGAUAUAUACGCAAGACUCUUUACUUUAACGAAAAUGACAGCUUGUCGGAGGAACCCGAAGAUGAGACCGACAAAAGAGCUUCUCAGGGUGCAGCUGGAGACACCCAAAAGGCACCUGCAGAGGAAGCUGAAUAAUAAUCCUGUAUCUUAAGUAAAAAUUUAGUUUCGACGUGAUAGUAAAUAUAAUAUAAGCU